AAUUAUAUUUGUUACAGAAUUUGAGUUCAAAUUUCAGAGCGUUAUAAUUUUGAUGAAAUGAGAGGAAAAUUUGGAACUUUCUAUUUCAAAGUUACUCGACUGGUAUCUCACACCAUCAGAGCAAUCGAACUUGAAGAUUUCAUGGAAUUUCUUGAUGAUUGCUAUCCUGAGCUAGGUCCUAACCUAACAUCUGCUGCUACAGUGAAAGAUGUCAUGAAAGUUAUUAAAACCAAAUGCAAUGUCAUCAAUAUUGCACCAGUAAAGGAAGUGGUCAGCUUUUAUAGCAUAACAGAAGCCAAUCCAUUGAUAGCUGAUUAUAAUAAAACACUUGAUGAGUUCUGUCACAAACUUAAGCUUCAAUUCUUGCUCGAUAAGAAGCUUUCAACCAGUGAUUUUCUCAUUUGUGAAACAAUUGAGUUUGUUCUAGACUGGGAUCCUGCUGAGCACUUAUUGAAUGAUAUUCGUCGUUUAAUGGAGAAAGCAUUCAAAGGAUUGAGCAGAAGGAUCAUAGUCAAAAGCAUGCAUAAAGGGAACUCCAUCAUUAUCAUUUGUGGUGCUCCUACUCAUCUAAUGAAUGCUUUGCAAUUGAGGGCUCGUGAUAAUCUUACUGUGCUGCAAGAAGAAUUUGCUUUGAUGAGAUUGAAAAUAGGACACUGUAAAGUCUAUGAUAGGACCAUCAGAAACAAAGAAAUUAAGAUUGCUGCAGAGGAGAUUGAAAUGUUUCAAGGAGAAUUAAUGAAGCUUAAUCCAUACCAAAAUGACAAAGAAAGUUUCCUUGAUGAUCAAGCAGCACAGCUUACAACUUUAAAACAGAAACAAGAAUUCAUCAAUAGUAGCAUACAGGCAUCAGGUUUGAAAUCUAAAGUGAAACAAAUGCAAAGAGAAAAGGCUACAAGCACAAAAAAGCGAAUGUUAUUAAGAGAAACUGAACAUUUACAAUCUACUCUAAGGAUCAGAAUAAGUCGAAAGGAAGUACUACAUGACAAUACAAAAGAGAUUGAAGAACUACAAGAAAGUAUAUCGUCUAUUAGUGUAAAAUUGCUGGAAAUGCGAACUUACCAGAAAUUCACACAGACAGUGCUAUCGCCCAAUGGAUCUAUCUGUGAAGCUCAAGAUGAUUAUAAUGACCCAGUUAUUUCAUUCAAAAAGGGUGAAUUACUUCAGUUAAGUACAAAUGGGCAUGAGGUACAAUCACUAGAGACUGGACAGAAGAGUGCUGUUCCAAUGACAUACAUUGGAUAUUCAAGAGUAGAAUUACUUUACUUGUUUCAGUUUGCAAUUAAAAUGGAAAUACGGUCACUCAUACCUCGUCUUUUUAAUGAUGAUGAGAAAGCAGAGUAUUUUAUUAAAAAAAUUACUGAUGAUCCUACUGUAUUACAUUUAUUAAGGAUGCAAACAUCAAACCAAAGAUUGUUUGUGGCUAGUUGUGAUGUCCAAGCAAUAAAGCCAGAAGAUUUAACUAUUAAAAAAGGAGAAAUACUUGAAGUUGUUAAUAAUGAUGAAAUUAAUGAUGAUUGGUGGUACAUGCAUUCACUUCAUACAGACAAUAAUGGCUGUGUCCCAGUUAAAUACAUGAUACCAAUUAAAGGAGAACUCUCAAAAAUGUAUGAAUCCAUCUACUUUCAUACAGUAAGCCGUGAUGAAGCAGUGAAGCUAAUGCUUCAAGCAAACAUUCAAGCAGGUGCUUUCCUAAUUAGAGAGAGUGAAAGUAAUCCUGGACAGCAUUAUUCCCUCUCAGUUAAUGAUGGGCUUACUAUCCAGCACUAUCGAAUAAAUAGUGAGAACAAUAAGCAUUAUAUAAACCCUGAUGACCAGUUUGACUCACUCAAUGACCUGGUACAUCACUACAUGAUGAAAGCUGAUGGUCUGAUCUGCUCACUAAAAGUUCCUAUACCCAAACAAGCAAACACACCCAUUGCAAUGAAUAAAGAGUGGCAAAUUAAUAAGUUGCAUAUCAAGUUCAUAAAAUGUUCCUAUGUAGGAUGGUUUGGAGAGACAUGGGAGGGUAAAUGGAAAGGUAAAGGCCCCGUUAUAAUUAAGACAAAUAUAGCAACAAAUAUUGCACAAGAAAAAUUUUUUCAACAGGCAAACAUACUGAAAAACCUCCAGCAUAAGAACAUCAUCAGUCUAUAUGGUGUUUGCACUGAAAGCUAUCCUUUUUAUAUUGUAACAGAGCAAAUAAAUAAAAACCUCAGAUACUAUCUACUUGAAAAUGAUGUUAUACUAGCAAAGUUGGUAGAUAUUGCUAUUCAAGUUACUGAAGGCAUGAUUUAUCUAGGAGAACAAGAUUACAUUCAUUGUGAUCUAAGAGCUAUCAAUAUACUAAUAGAAGGAUAUAAUAACACUGUCAAGAUAGCAAACUUUCACCUUGCCCAACACCUUAAUGGCAAUAAAUACCGGACUGUUGAGGAAAGUACUAUGCUACCUUACAAAUGGACAGCACCUGAAGGAUAUACUAUAAAUCAAAUAAGUAUUAAAUCUGAUGUUUGGUCAUUUGGUAUAUUACUAUGGGAAAUGGUUACUAAAGGAGAUCUACCAUACUAUGGCAUGACUAAUGAAGAAGUAAGGGAAUUAGUAUCAAAAGGUGAUCAUUUGUUCAUACCAAGAAAUUGUCCUGAACCAUUUCAACAACUCAUGAUAAACUGUUGGAGACACAAGGAUUACGAAAGGCCUAACUUUAAAAAUAUCUUUGAUGUACUUAUCACAUAUGAUACUUACGAUACUUAAUGAAAUGGGCACAAUGACUAUACUCACAUAUUAUAAUUAUUGUUGUUAUUGUUGUGAUCAUUACUAUUAUUAUUACUGUAAUUCUUCUAAAUAUUAGGGGCUCUAAGUUCAAAAAUAAAUAAUUAUUUCAAAAUUUCUAC